UUGCCACUUUCUUGUGUACGGAUUUGCGCAUUGUUUUUGCAGUCCGCGAAAAAGUAUCGAGGUUGGUCGUUGGCGGAGUUGAACAACCAGCGGAAGAAAGUCAAAUCCUUGUUGCUUGGCCACUCAUCUUUGACUACCGCCAAACAGGACUUCCAGGCUAUGCCAAUCAUUGGAUCUGAGUGACCCUGUGAACCAACUAACCAACUGGUCUGGAAGAGUCUCUGGUUGUGGAAGCGCCCUCCCAUUGAGUUUGUGAAUCCAGAUCAUUGUAGUGACUGACAUCUACGUAUAAACAAAACUCUGAGGACACAAAAUCUUGGUUGGCCACCGCUUGGGCCUUGACAAUCGGGCGCAUUGCGCUCCGUGCUUGUUCCUGGAUUAGUUUUUCCCGCACACUGUAACUGGAGAGCGUGGAAUCUCUGCAUGCCUUGCACAAUGCGGUUAGGAAGAAUAUCAGCAACACUUCUCAUUGGACUAUGUCUUGCAGGUGCUAGCCAUGCACAGAUUUUCCAACCACCGGAUCUUGGACCAGAUGGAGAUCCAGGCGACAGAGGGAUACCUGGACCACCGGGUCCACGUGGAGACGCGGGAGAAGAGGGACUACGAGGAGCGCCAGGAGAUCCCGGAAUGAGUGCAAAGGGAGUUCAAGGAGAUCAGGGUGAAGAAGGACUACCGGGUCCGAAUGGAGAUACCGGUGAAGAGGGAUUACCUGGUCUGAAGGGUCCUCAGGGCACCCCUGGAUUCGGCGGACAACCCGGAGAUCCUGGUCUGCCUGGAGAGGGCGUCAAAGGCCAGAAGGGAGAACCUGGCCCGAAAGGUGACGGUCCAAAAGGCGAAAAAGGAGACCAGGGCGAGGAAGGACUCAGCGGAGCAAAAGGCUUGAAAGGAGCACAAGGAGCCGAUGGCGUAGCAGGUGGUCUUGGUAUGGGUGGUGAUCCUGGCUUCGAUGGAGUUGCCGGUGACAAAGGAUUUCCUGGUGACACGGGGGAAGAAGGGCUUGUGGGUCAGCCCGGCCCCGGAGGUGAUAACGGUGAAGAGGGAAUUCCUGGACUUGCUGGCCCUAAAGGAAUGACUGGAGACUCAGGAAUUGGCCUCGACGGCAUGAUUGGUACCCCUGGUGAACCUGGUCUCGCUGGUGGCGACGGAACUGAAGGUUUUUUCGGCGAUAAAGGUGUUCUUGGAGACCAGGGCGAGGAAAGCAUUGGUCCGAAAGGCGCUGAAGGAUUCCCUGGUGAUGACGGCGAAGAAGGACUACCGGGUCCACCCGGUCGUGAUGGUGCCAAGGGUGAGGUUGGUCUGGCCGGUGCGAAAGGAGCCUCUGGCGGUUUUGCCAGCAAUGGCCGUGCCGGCGCUGCGGGCAUGAUAGGAGAGCAGGGAUUCCAGGGUGACGAGGGCGAGGAGGGACUGCGGGGUCUUGACGGCGCGAACGGUGCAGACGGUGCCAACGGAAUGGCUGGUGACAUUGGAUUCGCCGGUGACACGGGCGAGGAAGGUGAAACAGGACCAAAGGGACUUGCCGGUGAGCGGGGCAUAGCCGGAAUAUCAGCCGUAGCCGAUGUGACAGCAGUCGCCAGCGAAGAGUAUCGUGGAGUCAAGGGUCGCCAAGGCCUCCAGGGCUUCAGUGGUGACGAAGGAGAGGAAGGAUUACGUGGUCUAGCCGGUCUGGAUGGCCGCGACGGACAGAAGGGUGCCAGGGGACUAAUGGGUGCCAAGGGUGUUCGAGGUGAGGAGGGUCUACAAGGCCUUGAUGGAGAGAAAGGAGAUCGAGGAGCCGCAGGAGAGCCAGGUGACUUUAUCAGCGUGAAGGGAGACACGGGAGAAGAAGGUCUGCCCGGACCUCCAGGAGACCCAGGUAUUGACGGAACGUCGCAGAAAGGCUCACAGGGCUUCCAGGGCAUCCAGGGUCGCCAAGGCAACAGUGGUCUCCGUGGGCAACAAGGACAGGACGGACCUAAAGGCUCAAAGGGAAUUGAAGGCGUGGCAGGUCUACCCGGGUUCAAGGGCGUUCAAGGUGCCAAUGGUCUAGUUGGAUUACAAGGUGCUCAGGGCGCGCAAGGACAGCGCGGAGCACAGGGAGGAACGAGAAAAGGUUUCCGUGGUGAUGACGGUGAAGAAGGUGUAAAUGGCAUGCCCGGUGAGCGUGGAAUGAAGGGAAGAAGAGGCAACUUUGGUUUCCAGGGUGAAACCGGUGAGUUUGGACAGUUCGGCGCCCAGGGCGAGGCCGGAGAUGAAGGAUUCCGAGGUCUGCAGGGCGUCAAGGGUGACCAGGGAGAGGAAGGACUGAGUGGACCUCCAGGCCUACGCGGUGCCGAUGGUAUCCAAGGUGACCAGGGUCUGGCUGGCAGUGUUGGCUCAAAGGGCAUCACUGGUCUCAAAGGUGUUGCUGGAGACACUGGUGAAGAAGGACUUCCAGGAGGGCCAGGUGACGAGGGACAACCUGGUCAGAAAGGAGAUGAAGGCUUCCGCGGCAACACGGGACCAGCAGGUCCCAUGGGUGCAAAGGGACAAGAGGGUCGACGUGGACCGGAUGGUGAACAAGGCAGAGUAGGUCCUGAGGGCAUCGGCGGCACCAAGGGUGUGAAGGGAGAUCAAGGCGAGUCCGGUGUGGCUGGUCCAAAGGGUUUCCCUGGCGACGAAGGCGAUGAAGGUGUUCCCGGUGACCAGGGUGACGAAGGAGAGAAGGGUGGCAUGGGACCGGUUGGUGAACGUGGCUUCCAGGGUCUGGUUGGACUUGAAGGUGAUGCUGGUGAUGAGGGUUUCACGGGUGCCAAGGGACCGAUUGGAGAGCAAGGUUUCCCUGGAGAUUUUGGUGACGAGGGAGAAAUUGGCCUGAAGGGUAUUACCGGCCUGGAAGGAGGCGCUGGAAUGGACGGUGACGUUGGCUUUCCAGGAGAUACUGGCGAAGAGGGAGACAAUGGCGGAGACGGAUUGCCCGGUGUGGAUGGAGAGUUUGGUGAACCUGGUGAACGUGGGCCGACUGGUGUAACCGGCGAGAAAGGUUUCCCUGGCGACUUUGGCGAUGAAGGUGUGGCUGGCUUUCCUGGCGAUAUCGGAGAUGAGGGUCCUCGCGGGCAGAAGGGUGCCAAGGGAGAUCAGGGACGUCGAGGUGCUAAGGGUGUCCUGGGCCCGAUAGGAGUCACCGGAGAAGAAGGUGACUUCGGCGUCCAGGGCAUUCAGGGCUUCCCUGGCGACCAGGGUGACGAAGGAGUCUUGGGCGAGCGCGGCAUGGUCGGCGACACUGGAAUCAAGGGCUUUGAUGGCUUCCAGGGAGUACAAGGAGACAAGGGCUUCAGGGGCGGUCAAGGCUUUCAGGGCUUCCAGGGUGUCAAGGGCAUCCUCGGCAUAGACGGCGACCUUGGUGAUCUGGGCUUCCCCGGUGAUGAGGGUGACGAAGGCCUGCAAGGACCGCAGGGCACCCAGGGGCCUAGUGGCUUCUUCGGCGUCACUGGCUUCGACGGAGACUCUGGCGAACCUGGAGAGAAGGGUGCAAAGGGAGGCCCAGGCGAUUUCGGUGACGGCGGUGAGUUUGGAUUCCCCGGCAUAAAGGGUGGAGAUGGCGAACUGGGCGACAAAGGAAGGCAGGGACCCAAAGGCAAUAAGGGAGCUGAGGGAUUCCAGGGCCCGAAGGGUGAUGUUGGCGACGAGGGACUACUCGGCAUCAUUGGCGAGGUCGGGGCAACAGGAUUCACUGGUGAUGUAGGAGAUGCUGGAAGCAAGGGUGCCACGGGAGCACCGGGAGAGAAUGCACCUAAAGGAGAGCAAGGAAACCGCGGUCGUGAGGGCGGCAUUGGAGACCAAGGAGAUGAAGGUUCCCAAGGGCAAAAGGGCUUUGUCGGAGACCAAGGAGAUGAGGGCGUCCAAGGUGUGGAAGGCCAAAAGGGUGACACCGGCUUGCCGGCUGAUAUACCGAAUGAUGGAAUCAAGGGAGAACAAGGUGGUGUGGGCAACAAGGGAGAGAAGGGAUCAAAGGGCUUCGGUGGCGAUCAAGGCGAUGAGGGUGAAGUUGGAGAGCCCGGCAGCAUCGGUCUGCAAGGAGAUACUGGCCCCCAAGGCUUCAGCGGAGAGUUUGGUGAGGUUGGACUGCCUGGCUUCCAGGGAGAGAAGGGCUUCCCAGGUGACCGUGGCAACAAGGGACCAGUCGGUGACAUCGGACCGAAAGGACAGCCAGGACCGGUCGGAGUCCGGGGUGAAAAGGGCAACAGAGGCGAAGAAGGAAUCAGUGGAGAAGGCGGUGAUUUGGGCCCUGAUGGUGCGCAGGGAGCCAAGGGUGGUAUUGGACUUCCGGGUGGUCAGGGCGACCCCGGAAGCAUCGGCAUCAAGGGUGAGAUCGGCUUCCGCGGUGCUGCCGUCGACGAUUUCUUCAUCGUCCGCCACAGCCAGACGCAACAAGUGCCCGAUUGUCCGCCGGGCCACGAGAAGCUUUGGGACGGCUGGAGCUUGAUGUACGUGCGUGGUAAUGGCCACGGGGCUGGACAAGACCUGGGCGACCCCGGCUCGUGUCCACGUCGCUUCAGCGCCAUGCCGUUCAUGCGCUGUCACCCAGGAGGCUUCUGCCAGACGUCCGUGCACCACGACCGUAGCUACUGGCUAGCUACGGUCACUGAGAUCACACGCCCAAUGGGCUCCAUGCUGCCCAACACUGUGACACCGCAUGUAUCACGAUGCUCCGUGUGCACUGCACCGGCGGAGACCAUUGCCGUACACAGCCAGGAGAAUGUGCUGCCCGACUGCUACCCAGGAUGGAAGUCACUCUGGGAGGGCUACAGCUUCAUGCAGGGAACGAGUGCAGCUGCCGAGGGCACAGCUGAAGGCCUCGACUCACCGGGUUCAUGCUUGGAGCGAUUCCAUGCGGCGCCGUACCUGGAGUGUUUCGGUGGCUCUGGACGCUGCACGUUCAAUGCGGUCAGCUUGAGUUACUGGCUCACCGCCUUGGACUCGUCUCAGCCAGGGUCGGUCGUCAGUGGUGGUGCCCUGGGUAGCACUGUAGCGCGCUGCCGUGU